AUGGCGCCUAAGAGCCAAAAAUGGAUCAUCAUCGCUUGCGAAGCCGUCGUUGGUGUUUGGGGCAUCACGGCGCUCCUCGUCAAUUUCUUCCAAUGUCAACCACCGACACCUUGGCUUUACGGCGAUAACGAUAAAUGCAUUAAUCUCAAGGCAUUUUGGACGUACUACUCAACCGCCAACAUCGUCACCGACAUCAUCAUCGUCAUCAUUAUGGCAGAAAACGUGGUCAAGAUCCAAACCUCGUGGCCCAAGAAGAUUCUUGUCAUGAGCGUUUUUGGCAGCAGGAUAUUUGUAACGCCGGCAAUCGCAGCGCAAAUCCACUACUCCAACAAGGCAUUCGACUCUGCCGAUCACUCAUUUAGCAUUUGGCCCGCCUCCAUCACCAUCCAGCUAGUGCAGUGCCUCGCCAUCCUCACCGUAUGCCUGCCCAACUUCAAGCCCUUCCUCGACAGCCUAGAGUCGGGGCAGAUCCGCGUCGACGACAUGCGACGGCAGGGCAAGUCGAGCAGCAACGGGUACCCGACAAACAGGCCCGGCUACGCGGGAUACAAGUCAAAAACAGCGCAGAGCAGCAGAUCGCGAGCCCUGGAUCAUGCAUCCAAGACGCAGCGCAGUGAGAUUCACGAGAUGGAGGACUUUGCUACGAAGCCGAAACAUGACCACGAGAGGAGCUGGGAUGGACAGAGUCGCUCGAGCCACUCAAGUCAAAAGAUCUUGAUCCAUCAGACGUGGCAGGUAGAUAUAGAGACAACGCAGGAUGCAGCAUUCCGGCAAACAUGA